AUGCUUCUCAGUUUACUACAAGGAGAAACCUCUGCCAUCUGGAAAGUCUGGGCCAAAAGCUCCACCUUCUCUUGGAGGAAUGUAGCUCUCCUGCUUCUUCUCCCUCUCUCUUUGGAGCAGACUUCUGCAUCGCAGUCCAACAAGAUCAAAGUGAAACCUGGAGAGUGCCCCAGAGAGCGGCUCUUCUGUGACAUCAUGAUGCCGGAUUUAUGCAAAUCGGAUUUCAACUGCCCAGAUUACAUGAAGUGCUGCACUUUUGCCUGUGGGAAGAAGUGCAUGGAUCCAUAUGAAGAACCCUGCAUGCUACCCUUUAAAGGAGGAGACUGCAGGAUGAGACUGCAGCGUUGGUAUUAUGACUUUAAAAAACAUCAGUGUAGAACCUUUAUCUAUCAUGGCUGCCAAGGGAACGCCAACAACUUCCUCAGGCUGGAUGACUGCAAGAAGGCCUGCAUGUUAAUUGUCAAGAAAGGACAGUGCCCACUCUUCCCUUACACCUCUCGAAUGGAGUGUCCAAAGCCAUGUAAGAGUGACAUGGAUUGCCUUAUGACAGAAAAAUGCUGUGACUCCAGGUGUGGUUUUGUUUGUGCCAACCUCUGGCAAGUCAAACCAGGUUUUUGCCCACGUAUGCCUCAGAUGUGUAACAAGAUUAGUAAACCAAUGUGCCUGCAGGAUAGCGAUUGUCCAGAGGGAGAGAAGUGCUGUUCACGCUGUGGACUGAUGUGCUUGGCACCCCGGAAAUGA